AUGCAGGACCUCCCUGCCCACCCUGGUCUAAAAUGGGCCGGCGUGAGGGCAGCCAUGAUCCUCGAGCGCACCAUCGACUUGAUUGCAGAGCUUGCUCGCCGACCAGGGGAAGAAACUCUCAGGUGCUUUAUCCUCGAAAAUGUAGAUGGCAUCAAGAUGACUGAUGCUUAUGGAUGCCGAGGGAUUGAUGAGAUCACAAGGCAGCAGAUGGCACGGUGA